CAAAGUCAAUCUGCAUUGGAUGUACAACAAUUAGAUACUAGUUUAAUAGUUUAUAUUUAAUAGUACUAUGGAAUGACAAACAUCAGGAGAGACGGUUGAAGAUUUGAAGCAACUUUUAAAAGUUUAAACAAUAAUGAUGAAGAAUUCAGUCCAAAGGAAAAGAAACUGCAGCUCGGCUUUAACCAAUGGCAACAUAUUUGCACAUACUCCUCAAAUCAAUACCAAGCCAGUGUGUUGGUCUCAGAUGAGCAGUAUUUUCACCAGUGCACCGCUGUUAUUUGGAACAACACAACAUUUCCUGUAUAAACUCGCCCAACUUGAAGCUCAGCUGCUCUUGAACCUGAUUAGUAAUGUUGCAGGUGGAAAUAAUACUGGUUAUGCGAAUCCCUUUAGUCCUCUCUUACAGCCUUUUGGCAUUCAAAGAUCCUCAUUUCUGAGUAUGCACCAGCCUACAGGUGUGUUUACCCUUAACAGAAAAAACAUGGAUUAUAUCCCUCAAAUGUUUAGUUGCCCCUCAUCAUCAAUCACAGAAAAUAAUACAGUCAUUGCCGAUAAGAAGAUUAGUGACCUUCUUAGUCUUAUUAUUAGCUCUCAAUACCAGUCAAACACAACCAAAGGAACGAUGCCUCCUGACAGACCACAAACUGAAGAAGUUGAGCCAAAGCAACCAGUAAUGCGAGAUAUUCCAACAGAAAAUCUGAUCAAAGUUUUAGCCAGUCUUGGUCUCUCUCUUGAAGACUUGGAAAUACUCAGUCACUUCCCAGACAAUCAUCUAACAACAGAAAAACUGCCCCUCAUCAUUCAAGACAUCCAACGCCAUAAAGGGACAAAGGGUCUUGAAUGUGGCCACAAUAGAUGGGACUCAACUGAUCAUGUGAGAUCAUCCAGAAAGUCAUCAUAUGCUCCUGGGAAGUAUCAUGAUCAAGAUCAAAGGCACAGUGAAUGGAAGAAAUAUGUCAAACUAAGUUCUGACGGACAGUCCUGUAGCCCCAAUUUCUAUAGGUCUCUCAGUGCUGAAAGAUACAGCCCAUCAGAACUUGUACAUCAGAGCUUUUCUACCCAGUCCAGAACACUGAAAAGAGUCAUAUCGGGGAAUAAAACCGACGCUUUCUCCAAAAGACCUCCACAUGGGCCUGCUGAGGUCACCAAACCGAGUCCUGGUUCACUCUAUCCCCCUUCUCAGUCGAAGUGCAGCAUACGUCGCUGUUUUGGCUAUCGAGACUUUAACAAAACACGACGUUAUACAAGGAAAGGAUGCUUGUCAUCUUCACAAAGAUAUGCCACUUCCAUUACCUCAAGAAAUGAUCGUCAACAACAGUCUUCAUUUCCAGACAAGUUUGAAACCACGAAAUUUCACAAGGCACAAACUUCGGCACAAAGUCAGAAAGGUGUGAUACGUGUGUCUGGAAUCCCUCUUGAUUACUCAGAGAAUGAGCUUAUCAAAAUGGCAUCUCCGUUUGGUCACCCUGUUAACAUUUUAAUGGCAACUGAGAUUGACACAGCGACCUGUCUUGAAUGGAAAAAGGCUUUAUUGAUUCUUCCCACUAAAUCUUCAGCCCAGGACAUGGUGAAGGUUUACUCUGCUAUCCCAGUCCACAUGAGAGAGCAAAGUUUGGAGCUGGUGUCACAAACUGUUGAUCUUAGUUCAUCUGUUUCAGUGUUUCAUGCUUUUGUGAGACCAUUAAUAGCAAAUGGAUUGCUGACGCCUUUGGACCAUUUAUUGGUUGUGUGUAACAUCCCUAACAAGCCUUGCGCUGCAACAGGAGUGCUAAGGAUGAUAAAACCUUUUGGACAAGUUUUACAAACUCUGGUGUUAAAUAGAGACAAGGUGGAUGCAGAUCAGCACCUGUCUAACAAGAGCAGUGUCCAGAUGGUUUUAGAGAUGGAGUCUGCAUCUGUUGCUUUAUCUGUAUAUGAGUGGUCUCAAAAAAUUCCUUGUCUUUAUCACAAUCAUCAUCUCUCUUUCUUCAGAGGAUGUGAUAUACAAAACAAAAUCUGAUGGCAAAUCAGUGCAAUAUCCUCAUGUUAUUUGUUUUAUUGUUUGUAUUACUUUUGUAAUAAAAUACAUAAACAAAGGUCAUAAGAAAGAUUAUUGUU